AUGGAUGUAAACACUAUAUUAUUUACGCCCUCUGACAGUAUAAAGCGACGCGUCUGCGACAGCGAUAAGCAGCGUGGUAGCGCCAUCUAUAGGAAGAAGCUCAAGUGGGAGCUAGGAAAACGGCUCAUUAAUGAAAAAAGGUUUUACAUGAUUAAGUUGCGGGUCGAUAACCGGGAGCCGUCGGAGGUAGUCGCGCGGCGCGUAUCGGCGAUGCGUCGGGGCGAAGCGGCGUUACACGAGCGAAAUACAGUUUUUGUUGAUGCGCGCGGGCUGAGGCCGAUGCGGCUGGGGGCGUCCCCCGCCCGGGCGCGCCGCUCCCGAUGGUGCUGCGCCUCCGCCGCCCGCGCUAAACACAAAACGCCGCUUAGCUCAAAUGACGCGCGCGCCCGCUUCCGCAUCGCCUACUCUUACGGAUAA